AUUUAACGAAAUGUGUGUACAGACAAAACUUAAUCGGAUGAAAAGUUUUUGAAUUACCUUACACGCCAAAUUGUAAACUUUACCCAUAAAGGGUCGGGGUGAUUGUACCGUUGCUUAGAUUUAUACGAGGCAAAGCCACUAAAAUAGUUUUUAUCAGUCAUUAGCUACUUUUUCCCAUCUAGCCUUCAUCUGGUUUCUCUCAUGGUAUGUAAGACAUCCAUGCUAAUAAAGGGAGAAAAUAUAGAGGAAAAGUGAGACGGAAUAUCCGUGCCUUGAUUGGUUACGUACUUUGCUCGCGCAUGUGCAGUUCAUUUUUACAUACGCUGAAAUCAGGAGAGUUGCGCUACUCGCUCUAUAUAUAUAUACUGUACCUUGAUUUUGGCCGCGUCUAGUUAUAUAUAAGCGAACGUCGAGGGGUUUCAAGAUUUACUUUGAUCUUACUGCAUCGCUGUGUACUGUUGUACGUGGUACGUCCUUUGUAAUUAUUCUUAUUUCUUAAAGAUAUAUUUAAACGAAAUAAUAAAAUAGUCAAAAAAAGGAUUCGAUUAGUGGCAAACGCUGUCAAUUUACGACUGUUAUAUACAUAAAUCUGCAACCACGUGGAAUUACACAUAGAUCGAACUUGAGCCAAAAUGAAUGCGCACAUGGAUAUAGAUAGAAAUGAAACAAAUGAGAAAACUGCUCACGAUAUGGAUAAUAUACAAAAUAUAUUGCCGUCGGAUGAACAUUGUUCUGAAUUAAAAUUAUUUUGGCAAUGUAAUAUUGAAAAAUUAACAGAAAACGAGAAAGAAAGAUGCUCUCGUUCUCCCAAAUCAUCCGAUGAAGAAUUAUCAAAAAAAGACAUAAUUAAUGACUGUGAUGCAUUUACUAGAAAAAUUAUUCAAUCAACUCAAGAGAUAAAUUUGGAAAUACAAGUUCCUACAACAAAUAAUGAAUUAAAUAAUAAGAAACAGGCAGAAAGUUUAUUUCUGAAAGAGCCAAAACAUUGUAGAACAUCGCUUGACAUUAUUUCGGCAGAAUAUGAUUCAAAUUCUGAUGCAGAAGAGACAAAAGCAGAAACUGAGAAUCAACAUACUAUGCCACAGAUACAAAAUUUACAACAAUAUCGUACAGCAGACUUAUGCGAAGAUGAUAGUGACGACGAUUUUAGCAAUACUACUAGUAAUAGAAGUAGUAGUAGUAGUAGUAGUAGUGAUAGUAACAGCAACAGCAAUAAUGAUAGUGACAACGACGAGGAUAUCAAUAUAAGUGAUAAUAGGAAAAAGAAAGUAAAUAAAAAGAAGAAAAAGCAAAACUAUGAUGAUGAUGAUGAUGAUGAUCUUCCAAUAGAAGACUUACAUAUUACUGUUUCUGAAUACUUGUGUAAUUUAUUAGGCGAAAUUAAUCGGAUAGUGGGAAGAAAGAUAGUCAUAAAACCAAAGCCUAGUGAGCGAACACUUGACCUCGACACAAUUUUGUUUUUGAACAAAGGAAAAAAAGCGCUCGGUAAAAUAAUCGAUGUAAUGGGCAAAGUGAGUGAACCGGAGUACAUUGUUCUCAAGGAUAUUCAAGACAUAAAAGAUAAUGGCAUCGAAAAGGGCGUGGAAGUUUAUUAUUGUCCAAACGCAAAACAUACAAAUUAUGUUUUUCUAAGCGAAUUGAUAAAGAUAAAAGGUUGCGAUGCAAAUGAUGAUGAGCCGGUAUUUUCUGAUGAUGAACAAGAGUCCAUUUAUGAAAAAUUGAAGCAGAAAAAUAAAAAUUCUAGCAAUACAUCGAAACGCUUUUGCAAAAAUCCAAACAGGAGUCAAUCAAAUUCAAGUAACAAAAAUAGAAAAGACCAAUUUCAGAGGCAUGAUUCAGAGGAGGAGAGGCAGCAAGAGGGAGAAAGCAGUCAUUUUAAUUCUACACAGAACUGGCCGUAUUCUUAUCAUUAUCCUGGCACGUCACAACAAUACUCGUAUCAGAAUCCAACUUAUUGGCAACCAAUGUCAUCAAAUAUAAAUAUAAUGUGCAACGGGCCAUACGUACAGCACAUGUAUAACGAACAAUAUAUGCAGUAUGGCAAUUACAAUCCAAAUAACUCGGAGCAACAUUAUCAAGGUACUAAUCCUAAUUUCCAAAGCAACAUGCAUCAACAUUUUAGAUUCCCCUUUAAUGCUGCUCCAAGAUUCAAUUCUGCAUUUCCACCCGAAAAUAUGACUUACACUCGAUUCUCGAAUGCAUCAUAUCCAUAUAUGAAUAUGACUUCAUAUCCGACUUGUACACAAUCACUAAUAUCAUCUGAUACUAGCAUACCAAUAACCAAUGCUAAUGCAUAUUGGUCUGCUCCUCCGCCUUUUCCUCCUUUUUCUCUUCAUCCUCCUCCUCCUCCUCCUCCUCCUCGUCAUUCUCUUCCUCCUUCAACGAUAACGUCUUCAAAUACUUCAGAUGCAACAAUCAUUGGUCCAAGUGAUUCACCAAUGACUUAAUAUAUUAAUCUUUCCUCAUCAAUAAUUUGUAUAUUUUUACUAUAUCGAUUAUGUUGAUUUAUAUUAUAUAACAAAUUUUAUAUUUUUGAUAUUAUGUAAUUUAUCAAUAGUAAAUUAUUAUACAUAUAUAUUUAUAUAUAAGCAAUAUUAUAUGAUUUUAUUUUGUUAUGUGUAUGUAUAUAUAUAUAUAGAUGUAUAGAUAAAAUUUAUUAAAUAUUGCAAAGAGAAAUGCGCUUUCCAUAUCUUUUUCAAAAUUUAAUCUUCGCUCCUUUAAAACUGCAAUAUGUAUUUAGGCAAUUGAAAGUAACAAAAAUAUUUAUUCCAA